AUGCUGAUCUGUGCGCUGAUCCGCCGAAAUGAGUCACGAAACGGCAGCAGUGUUCACGUUUUAGACGACGACGUCAAGGGAGCCAUCAAAGUCCCUGACCUAGGCUCUGCCGUCGAGGAGGCCUACACGUGCACCGACGAUCUCCAAGGUGGCAUGAUCUUCCAGCAGAAGGCAGUCCGAACGAGAUCGAGAGCAUUUAUCGUUGAUUAUCGUUCGAUCGACAAGCAGGCGUUAGAGAUCAUGACCGAAGUCGAGUCCACCGCGAGAGAGCACACUGCUUCCCGUCUCGACAGUACCCUCACCCUUAGAUUCGUCGAGACUGGCACACUGGAAGAUCACAUCAAGGAGGCGAUCGAGUUUAUGCGCAAGCUGGGAUAUCCUGUCCAAGAAGUCCAUAGGUACUCCCAUGACCCUCAAGGCGGCGUGAUCUUCACGCCAGCAAAGGGCUAUCCCGAGGAAGAUGAGCCACUCUACGAGGCAUUGAUGGCACAUUUUGAAAGUGAUGACCCAUUCAUCGUCUCUUACGGUUCUGUUGACAGAGAGACGGCGCAGGAGUUCGUGGGAGUCAGAUUCAAGGGUUGGUAUUCGCUCCUUUGA